AUAUAACCCAAAAUCAAACGGGCAUACAUAACAACUAUACGUACAAAUUCACACAAAAGCUUUUGUAUUCUCGUUUGAUCCGGUCCAACUCCAACAUUUGUUAGGGUUUAUUAAGAUUCAUCACAGACUCAAUUCAAUUCCUCCACAUUCAAUCCUCUUUUCCACAAUCGAUACAUACAACCUAUACACACACCGAUCUAUCAUCGUCCUUGACUUUUUACUAUUUCAAAUCUCAAUCACAUAUAUAAUUAAUUUGAAAAAAACAAACACAUAUUCAACUUUUGUGUGUCUAUAUUUGUGUCUAUAGCUAGGGUUUAUAGGAUGUUAGGCGCUGGAUUGCAGUUUGGGCGGAGCCGUGGAGAAGAUCGAUUCUAUAAUCCGGCGAAAGCGCGGUCGUCUCGGAGAGGUCAAUUGAAUCAGGAUCAUCUCAGGAGAGCUCUUAGUGAUGUUACUGCUAGUCAAUCUAAAGCUGCGGCGUUGCAGAGAGACCCGGAGAUUAGAAAGGCGGCACCUUUACCGCCGCCGCCGCCGGUGAUUCAGCCGGUGUCGUCGCCGUUGUGCAAUUUAGAGCGGUUUUUAGAGUCGGUUAUUCCUUCUGUUCCGGUUCAGUAUCCAUCUAAGAGAAAUGCAAAGUUACGAAGGAGUUGUGCAGGGGAAGCACUGCCAUAUUUCUUGCUUAGUGAUUUGUGGGAGUCUUUUAAGGAGUGGAGUGCUUAUGGUGCUGGUGUUCCUUUGUUACUUAAUGAUACUGAGUCGGUGGUUCAGUAUUAUGUUCCGUAUUUAUCCGGGAUGCAGUUGUAUGUUGAUCGAUCAAAGCCUACAGCGAGUGCAAGGCGGCCAGGUGUGGACAGUGACAUGGAGUUUCUGGAUUCUAGUAGUGAUGGGAGCAGUGAUUAUGAACAUGAUAGAAAUUGCAGGGGAUACUUAAGGGAACAGCGGAGUUAUAACCAUCCAACAGGCGAGGUACUUCCAAGAGUGGAGCGCUUGUCGCUGCGUGACCAAAACAUUCCUCUCCAAGACGAUUUUUCUAGUGACGAGGGUGAAUCUGGCAAAGCUCAGGAUUACUUGUUAUUUGAGUAUCUUGAACGGGAUCCACCUUUCGGUAGGGAACCUUUAGCAAACAAGGUACUUGAUCUUGCUCUUCGGUUCCCUGAACUGAAAUCUUUAAGGAGCUGCGAUUUGCGACCUUCCAGCUGGAUAUCUGUUGCUUGGUAUCCAAUAUAUAGGAUUCCGAUGGGACCAACAUUAAAGGAUCUGGAUGCUUGCUUCCUGACAUUUCAUCCUCUUUCUACCUCCAUGGCAGAUCUUCCUAGUAGUGUGCCUGCUCCAGUUGUUACAGAUGCGAGUGAGAUUGAUUGUGCGCCUAGGAUGUCAUUGCCUGUUUUUGGUUUUGCGUCAUACAAGUUCAAAUUGUCGCUAUGGACAGAGAAUGGUCAAUUAGUAAGUUCACUCUUGCAGGCUGCUGAAGAGUGGCUGACUUUGCGGAAGGUCUAUCAUCCUGAUUUUCGCUUCUUCUGCCGUAGAUGAUAAUCGGAGAUGUCUUCUGUAAGCUUUCUGUCAAUGAAAAAAAUGCAAGAUUAUUAGUUCGAUGAAGUGAAGAUUUGAAAAAAAAAAUGUAAAACUAUGCUGAUGAAGAAAAGUUGAGCACAUGACGGAGUCUACAGUCAAUGGCAGAAUAAAAAGUAGACUACAAAUUAUAUAGUGUAGACGCAGAAGGUGGAACCAAAUCCCCUAGCCGAUCUCUGCUUGCUAGUGAGUAGAGAAUGUUUGAUCUUAGUUUAUAUCUUUUUUCUCGGUGUUAGAACAGGCUUAUUUUUUCUGUCCUGAUGUUAUAACUUAAAAGUGUAAUGUUUAUUAGCUAUUGA